UGCAGGAGAGUUCGAGGUUUGUUUGAAGAGGCAAGGGAGAGAAGAUGGCGUGGGCGGGAGUAGGCAAGUUAUAAGUAACAUGAAUAGUAACAAAAGCCUAAUCAGAUGUUAUCUCGUUAUUUCAGUUUUGAUAAAUUGAAGAAAGUUACGAAGUGCUUGCUGUUGAACUUUCUUUGUGAAAUUGCCCAAGAAAUACACAACUGUGCCAAGGAUUUAUUUUAAUGUAAGUUAUGUUUUAGAUAAUUGAGAAGUAAAGUUUUUACCCAAUUGAAGUACUUAAGCAAGCGAAAGUUUAAAGAUCAGACCAUCAAACUAUUAUACAGCAAACUUUUUUUCGACAGUGGACCGUAUUAAGGUGUGGAUCUCUUAGGCAUAUGUUCCAUAAUCUUUCCACCAUUUGUGCAGAAUGCUAGAGCGUCCAUCAAGAAUCGACAACUUGUGUUUGAAGAGGAUUGUGAGAAUUUGUGUUUUGAAUUAUUUAAUAAUGGAUUAAUGAUGGAUUUAAUAAUGGAUUAAUGAUGGUGGUUUAGUAGUUGCAGGUCUAGGUAAAAAAUUUAAUUUCGACUAACAACGCUUGAUGAUACUCCAAUGAUAAUAAUAGAACCAGUGUAAAUAUUACCAGUUGUAAACGUAAACUUUGGUGGUUGGGUAUUGGUCAAUAUGGGGUCAAUGUGCAUACCUGCAAUUGACCAUAAAGCAACAAAUGAAGUAUGUAUACAUGUUGCUAUGAAUCGGUUUUGAAGUCGAGUGCUGCCAUGUGUCAGAGGCAGCAACCACUUUAACAGUGAACUGACAUUGACCCUUGAGAGACAAAAUUAUGCAGGAAAAAUUAUUUUUGUCCUUCUGUGCCAAGCUCAUUUUAGGCUACAUAACAGCAAAGCAGAUUUUUGCUGAAGAUGCUUUUUUCAUGGCAACCGCAGAUAUCGAUGAUGACAAGAGCGUAAUGGAAAAUAUAAUUGGUGAAUCUUUUCAUUAUUGCAGUAUGGAUCCCAACUGCAACAUCUUGUUACACAGUAGUAACACAAAGAAAUACCUUGAAAAGCUGCCUGAUAAUGUGCCAAAGGAAACAAGGGUCUUUAUAAAGCAAAAAAGGAAAAAGGAUCCUGAGCCAGAUAUCGAUGAGUGCAAAACUGGAUCACACGACUGUCAUAUGCAUGCUCGUUGCACGAAUACAGAUGGCUCUUUUCACUGUGCUUGUUCUAAUGGACAUUCGGGGGAUGGAAAAACCUGUGUAGAUGUGAACGAGUGCCUGGUGGGCAUUCAUUCGUGUGACGUCAAUGCUAUCUGCCACAACACGAUAGGGUCAUUCUCGUGUAUCUGCAAAGGUGGUUUUCAAGGGAAUGGAACGUCAUGCACACCUUUUUGGGAAACAGGAUACAUAUACAAACCGAACUACAGUAUGGGUGAUAUUGAAAGCAAAGAUGAUUGUUACCAGCGAUGCAAAAAUGAAGGCUAUGCCAGGGCUAUGUUUAAAGAGUCAGGACGGUGCAGCUGCUCGACGACAAGCGCAAAUCCAGUAUCAAACGCGGAGUACAUUACACGAAUUAUUAUAAACUAAACAAAGGUAGGUGAUUUAUGAGUAAAAAACAAGCUCUAAGUUAACCGUGAUUCCUAAAGUUCUGCUACGUUUUUUUGCCUGAUUCCCCCGAUUAUCAAUCCCGAAUCCCGGUGUUAUCGAUUCCUGAAUCCCGCUCAAAAAAAAAUUUGCCAAUUCCCGAUACCCGACUCAAAAAAUGACGAUAACCGCUUCCCCGAAAAACAUCUUGGGUACCUUCAGAGAACAGAUACAGUCAAUUACUAUAAGUAUGUAAAUGGCAACAAAAGACAAAAUAAACCAAAGUUUUCAUUGGAAGUUCAAGACGCUGUUUCAAAAAUAGAACAUUUUUGGCUUCAAAAAUGCCCACUAUAUGCUGACGAAACAGAUACUUAAGUUCAUGUCAGUUCAAAUAAAACUGAAUCCAUGUCUGUAAUUAAUAGAAUGUAUUAGUAGAGACACUUUUAGGGUACAAAUGUAACUAAUAGAUAAACGAUGAUGACGAUGAUGAUGAUGAUGUAAACAGAGCAAUGCAUAAUUCUGUAUACUUUAGAGUAAACUUUUAUCGGCACAAGAUUUAUUACCAGGAACCAAAGGGUCAUGCAUUUAACAUUUUAACUUGAACAGCAUACGAGAGGAAGAAAAUGCCUGCAGCUCAGUUUAAACUCAACGGUACCCUUAAAAAUGUAUUCUAGUUUUGUUUAGGUAGGGUUGUAUCGUGAACAAUAACAUUUGUAACGAACAAACACGGAUAAUUUUUCUAAUUCAGUUUAUGAGCAAUUUCAGUCAAGUUUAUUAAUCUUUGUUCAUCAAGGCCGAUUUCCAUUUGACAUUUUUUGUCCGCGCGGGCGUAGCGCCCAAAUCUGAGCAUUUCUGGCAAAAGCACCCGCAGCCCCCAUGCUUCGCAUUGCCUGAAGUAGAGGUUUUGCUAUCGACUUACAAUAAAUAGACAAGAAUGAAAAUGGCCAUAGGCUUUUAGGUAAAUAUAUUAAAAUCAGGUAAUACACUAUCAUCAUUCUAGCCCAUUGAAUUUAGUCUGGCCUUCGUGUAAAAUAACAGUACAAAAAUGCACUUUGUUACGUAGUUACGUAGGAAGUAAAGUUGUGUAAGUGUUCUAGUAAUUUUACAGUGCUGUCCGACGUACCUUCGUUCAUUGUGAUAUACGGAACCUACCAGUUUUGGAUAAUUAAAAAUGUUAUCCCAUAAAGACACUUGACCAAACUGCCCAACCUCCUCCCCCUGGUCACUGUGCAACUGUUCUAAAAGUAACCAGCUUUAGCACCUUUAAUCCACAAACUCUACCUUUAUCGUUAGCAUAUAGAAUAGCUGUGACUAUAAUCUGCCAUUAAAUUGGCUUUGAUUAGUUUAUUUAGAGCCUAUUAUGAACCUAUAAUACGA